CUCCAGCCCGCCCUCAUUCCAUAAUGACGAACCCCCGGCGAACAUGAUUGAGCCGCGCGAACCCAUCAACCCUACCACUGAAUCACUGCGAAGAUUCUGAAGAGAAACAUUCACAUGGGCACCCAGCACCGUGCUCCCACCAGCGAACCCCCAUCCAACGCCAGCCCAGGCACCCAAGCAAUGAGUGCGAUGGCAGGACCGAGCAGUGCCUCCGUUCAAGAAGAGUCUGGGUCGUCGACAAGAACGUUCGACAUCGAUUUCGAGCAACUUCGCAAGGUGGUCAUUUCGGAAAUCGACAAUGAGCGACCGAGGUUGAAAUAUAUCAACGAAAUGAUCCAUCAGCAUCCCGAAACGGCCUACGAUGAAGUCUUUGCUCACGAUUUGAUUACACGCGAAAUGGAGCUGGUCGGAUUCGCAGUGAAACAAAAGACUUACGAUUUGAGGACCAGUUUCGAAGUCGAGUCUGGCACUAAGGGGAGACUCGUCAUCUUCUGUGCCGAGUAUGAUGCUCUGCCCGAAAUAGGACACGGCUGUGGACAUAAUCUUAUUGCGACGGCCUCCAUAGCGGCUUUCCUGGGCGCGGCCGGGGCUCUGGAACGGAGCGGUGCUGACGGACGCGUACGACUCCUGGGCACACCGGCCGAAGAGGGCGGAGGUGGCAAGGUCAAGUUGCUCGAAAAAGGAGCAUUCGACGGAAAGGUCGCAGCAGCAAUCAUGGCUCAUCCAAUGGGAAAGAAACAAAUGCUAGGACAUGACAGCCACGUCCAGUCUGGGUUGGCCGCCUUAAAGCUGAUUGCGAGUCACAAGUUCAAGACAGAGUUUCAUGGCAAAUCUGCCCAUGCAGCCGGAGAGCCUUGGAACGGAACGAAUGCCCUGGAUGCUGCCGUUGCGGCAUACAACAACGUUGCCCUGCUCCGCCAGCAGAUCCAGCCAGACGAACGGGUGCACAUGGUUUUCGAAGCUGGCGGAACGGUGCCAAACAUCAUUCCCAACUACACGCGCAUGAACUGGAACGUCCGCAGCCCGACCGUGGGAAGGGCUGACAAGCUACUUGAACGUGUCAAGGCGUGCAUCAGUGCUGGAGCUAUGGCAGCCGGCUGUGAGGUUGGCUACAUCCCAGCACCGACGUACCAAAACCUGAUUGCCAACGAGACUCUGUGCUCGACGUACAAACAGGAGAUGGCCCUUCUCGGGGAAGACGUCGUUCUGCGCAUCGAGGCGGCUUCUAUGAACGCGUCGACGGAUAUGGGCAACGUGGCCCAUGUCGUCCCCAGUUUCCACGGUGCGUUCGCCAUUCCUACUGAGCCGGACGUUGCCAUUCACAGUCCGCAGUUCGCUGAAGCCGCUGCCACGGACAGGGCGCAUGAGGCGGCGAUGACGUGUGCGCAGGGCAUGGCGAUGUUGGCGCUCCGGGUCCUUCUUGAUGAUGGGGUUGCUGAUGCGACCAAGCAAGACUUCGAGAAUAAGAAAGAAUGGUGAUUGAACGGUGUUAGCCAGGACCGGUAGUCUUGCUUGGGCAUUCUACUUCGAGAUGGAGUGGUCAGCUGAUUGUCCCGACGGGAGUGGAUUUGACAGGGCAGCAUUGUGUAGCCUGAAAAUGGCGACGGAACUUGAUACUUGAAACUGCUAAUUGACAUUAGUCAAAUGCUCAUGUUCAAUAACUGUCAUGCCGUUUGCUGUCGUUAGAAUUAGUGUUCACCGCUUCUUCGGCCCAGCAGAUAGCUCCAGCUGCUAGAGCGACACUAGUCCGGCGUCGAAGGCUAGAAGCUACUGCGAGUGACGCAAGGCUUCGUCUACAACACACAUGGUGGUGACAUGAGAUCUCAGGCUCAUCACCUCUUCAGGAAUUUCACUACAUAGUAGAAGGUCUCUUUGGAUUGGUCAAUUGCAACGGUAG